CGCCGCCGCGAUGCAGUGCGGACGGCAGAGAGCAGUGGAGCGCGCGGCGCGCCGGCUGCGCCACGUGUUGGAGCGCUCGGGCGUGGAGCCGCGGCACGUGGCGCGCCUGCCCGCGGCCGCCAAGCUGCUGGCCGCCGGAGGCGGGGGCGGCCACAGGGCGGCGCUGCUGCCGCUAGCCGCGGGGGCGCUGCUGCUCGCCGUGGCGCUCGCCGCCGCCACCUACUGCCUGGUCGCCGCCGGCAGCGACGGCGCCGCCUCCAGCAUACAGGCUGUGGCCGGGGGGCACUGCGACGGCGUCACGAAGCUCCUGGCUUAACUCCGCUGGUAACACGCCUCCUGGUGACUAAAGUCAAGAUGAGGGGACACUCGUGGCGUGCAGCUGCGAUCAGAUGUGUCUGUUCUGUGCAAGAUGAACAGUACAACGACCUCCCCGUGCUGCGAAGUUUACUGCAUCAUCUUGGAUGUGUCAAAAUUUUCACGUACAGACACAGCGAGUUCCCCCUUGUGCAGUACCAGCUUCCGAUGCACUGAAAAGCGACUCCUUUCACGUAAAGACGCUGGUACUGGGGAGAUUACCUGUAAGUACUUAGAAAAGGUCUGAACCAGCAAAGUGGAAGCAAGGAGUCAACAACUGAGUAACUGCGAAAUACAUAGAUGUGGGCUGUGCUGUGAGAGACUGUUAGCGUAAAUAGUUUCUGGAAUUCAUUAUAAGAUGUCUGAAUAUACAUAGUUCUUACUUACCUGAUUUCAUACACAUAUAAUCAAUUACUGUUUUUUCACAAAAUAUAUUUCACUGUAUUUCUAAAUUGAAUUUGAUAUUCCUGCAAAUAAAUAUAAAUGUCUGAAUGUCUACACAAGAGGCCAGUAUGUCCGUUGAGUUACCUCUCUGCUAUUUGUAUCGUUUGUAUAAGUAA